AUGUUUAACCUGAGGCGUCUCGUCUCCUUCGCCCUCCUCAUUGGAGUCGGCCUGGUCUUUUUCUCACAGACCGCCGAGGCGGCAAAAGGCCCCAAGAUCACCCACAAGGUCUACUUCGACAUUGAGCAUGGUGGCGAGCCAUUGGGUCGUAUUGUCAUGGGAUUGUACGGAAAGACUGUCCCUAAGACGGCUGAGAACUUCCGUGCCUUGGCUACUGGGGAAAAGGGAUUUGGCUACCAGGAUUCUACGUUCCACCGUGUUAUCAAGCAGUUCAUGAUCCAGGGUGGUGACUUUACCAAGGGCGACGGCACUGGUGGCAAGUCUAUCUAUGGCGCAAAGUUCAAGGACGAGAACUUCAAGCUCAAGCAUACCAAGAAGGGUCUCCUCUCCAUGGCUAACGCUGGUCCCGACACCAACGGCUCUCAAUUCUUCAUCACCACCGUCAUCACCUCUUGGCUUGAUGGCCGACACGUCGUUUUCGGCGAGGUGCUCGAGGGCUACGAUAUCGUCGAGAAGAUUGAGAAUGCCGCGACCGAGGCAGGCGACAAGCCGGUUAAGACUGUAAAGAUCGCCAAGAGCGGCGAGAUUGAGGUCCCGUCUGAAGGUAUUCACGUUGACCUCUAA